AUGGCAGCAAACACUCCCAACGCUCCCGCGCCUGCGUCUGCUCCCGCGGUGCCCGAUGCGCCCGAUGCGUCCGCAACCAAGAAGAUUGAUCAAAAGCGUGCCGACAAAGCGGCCAAGUUCGCAGCCAAGCAAGCGAAGACGCAGCAACAGAAGCCUGCCUCGCAGCCAGUCCCAAAGGCACCAAAGACUCAAGCCCCUGAGCUCCCACCCUUCGUCAACGACACUCCUCCUGGCGAGAAGAAGGUACUGAGGUCUUUCGACGACCCUCAUUUCCAGGCGUACAACCCCAAGGCGGUUGAGGCUGCCUGGUAUCAAUGGUGGGAAAAGAGCGGAUUCUUCAGGCCCGAAACCUCGGGAUCCAGCGAGAUUGGGACCUUCGUCAUUCCCCUGCCUCCGCCGAAUGUCACGGGUGCCCUCCAUUGCGGCCAUGCCCUUGCCAAUUCCCUACAGGAUACUUUGAUCAGAUGGUAUCGGAUGAGGGGCUUCAAAACUGUCUGGGUUCCCGGUUGCGACCACGCUGGUAUCUCGACACAGUCUGUUGUAGAGAAGAUGUUGUGGAAGAAAGAGAAGAAGACGCGCAUCGACCUUGGACGCGAGGAUUUCACAAAGCUUGUAUGGGAGUGGAAAGAUGAUUACCACAAGCGGAUAAACAAUGCGCAGCGACUUAUGGGCGGCUCAAUGGAUUGGACUCGCGAAGCCUUCACGAUGGACGAAAACUUUACCGCCGCGACCAAGGAGAACUUCUGCCGGCUGUACGAAGAGGGCCUCAUUUACCGAUCGGACCGCCUGGUCAACUGGUGUACUCAUUUGAACACGGCCCUCAGCGGUCUUGAGGUGGAUAACAAGAACAUCAAUGGUCGUACCAUGCUUGAUGUUCCUGGCUAUGACAAGAAGGUGGAGUUUGGUGUUCUCACCUACUUCAAAUACCCCAUCGAGGGAGAAGACCAAACGAUCGAGGUGGCCACAACACGUCCUGAGACUAUGCUUGGAGAUAGUGGCAUUGCCGUCAACCCCGAAGAUCCUCGUUACACUCAUCUGGUCGGAAAGUUUGCGCGCCAUCCGUUCACAGAUCGUCUCCUCAAGAUUGUAGCAGACACGUAUGUCGACAAAGAAUUCGGUACAGGAGCUGUGAAGUUGACACCGGCACACGAUUUCAACGAUUACCAGUUGGGUCAGCGACAUGGCCUCGAGUUUAUCAACAUCUUGAACGACAACGGAACCCUGAAUGAGAAUGCGGGGCCUCGCUUCCAAGGCCAGAGACGAUUUGACGCUCGCUAUACCGUUGUUGAGGAGUUGACCAACCUCGGCCUUUUUGUCAAGAAGGAGCCGCAUGCCAUGACAAUUCCCCUGUGCAACAAGUCCAAUGAUGUGAUCGAGCCGUAUAUGAAGGCCCAGUGGUGGGUCCGCAUGCAGGGGAUGGCGGAUGAGGCCUUGAGGGUGGUCGAAGAAGGACAGAUCAAGAUCGCCCCCGAAAGCGCCUUGAAGUCUUACCAGAGAUGGCUAUCCAACAUUAACGACUGGUGCAUCUCGAGACAGCUUUGGUGGGGUCACCGUAUUCCGGCUUACCGUGUCAUCUUUGAGGACGGUAACAACCCUCAAAACGAUGACGGUCCUUGGGUUAUUGCCAGGUCAACCGUCGAGGCUGUUAACAAGGCCGAAGCGCGCUUUGGUCCUAGGAAGUUCCAUCUGGAGCAGGAUCCCGACUGCCUGGACACAUGGUUCAGCUCUGGACUGUGGCCUAUGGGAGUUAUGGGCUGGCCAAAUACAGAAUCAAGCGACUACAAGGACUUCUUCCCCACCAGCUUGCUGGAAACUGGCUGGGAUAUCCUAUUCUUCUGGGUCGGCCGAAUGAUCAUGCUAAGUCUCAAACUUACGGGGAGAGUUCCAUUCAACGAAGUCUACUGCCACAGUCUUAUUCGGGACUCCGAUGGAAGGAAGAUGAGCAAGUCUUUAGGCAAUGUCAUUGAUCCUCUAGACAUCAUCAACGGUAUUGAGCUUCAAGAUCUACACGCAAAGCUUCUUGUAGGCAACUUGAAGGAGGACGAAGUUAAGAAGGCCACAAAAUACCAACAAACAGCGUUCCCAAGUGGCAUUCCCGAAUGCGGUGCGGAUGCUCUCCGAUUUACCCUCCUCUCUUACACAACAGGAGGUGGCGAUAUCAGCUUCGACAUCAAAGUCAUGCACGCAUAUCGCCGGUUCUGCAACAAGGUCUGGCAAGCCAGCAAGUAUGUCCUCGGAAAGCUGCCACAAGAUUUCGUCCCUCUGGACAAACUUGACACGGCGGCUCUCUCCGUUCCUGAGCGGUGGAUUCUACAUCGCAUGAACACUGCUGUGAAGGGCGUCAAUGAGGCACUGGAAGCCCGGGAAUUCUCCAGGAGUACCAAGCUUGCUUACCAGUUCUUUUAUGAUGAGCUAUGCGACGUCUUUAUUGAGAAUAGCAAGAGCAUUUUGAGCGACGGCACCCCCGCCGAACAGCAGAGCGUGCAACAGACUCUGUAUCGGACGCUAGAUAUUGCUCUCAGACUUCUGCACCCCUUCCUGCCAUUCAUCACGGAGGAAUUGUGGCAGCGCCUCCCUCGUGGGAAGGAUGACUCCAAGCCAUCCGUCAUGUUGGCUUUGUACCCAACACACGAUGCGGAGCUCGAGUUUGUAUCCGAUGCAGAGGUCUACGAGCUGGGUCUUCAAUGCGCCGGAGGUCUGCGCUCAUUAGCUUCUGACUACAACAUUCGCUCUGAUGGACGUGCGUUUAUCAAGAUUGGCACUGCUGAUGGUCUCGCCAAGGUCAGCGCACAGCUUCCGGCCAUCAAGACACUGUGUGGAAAGGGGAUCGCAGAAGUCAACCUACUUGGCCCUGAUGCGGAUGAGGCAUCCAAGCCAAGCGGCUGCGCCGUCUAUGUCGUCUCGGCUGAUAUUGCUGUCCUGCUGCAGGUCAGCGGGCAGAUCACCGAUAUUGAUGCCGAGAUCAAGAAAAUUACCACCAAGCUGCAGAAAACGAACAUCGCCAUCAAAAAGCAGCAAGAUCUGCUCACAGGGGAGGGUGUUGAGAAAGUCAGCGAUGCCGUCCUUACGACGGAGAGGAAGAAGUUGGCCGACUCCAAGUCAGCCAAGGAGAAUUACGAGAAGACACUAGAGGAGUUUAGCAAGCUCAAAGUGGGUGCCGAUAGCAAAGCUUAG